UUUUCCGUUUCACUUAUCCUCUGUUAAAUUCUUUUCCCUUACCUUUGUAUAUGCUUAUUCUUUGUCACCUCCACUUCUUUCGCUUUCAUAUACUCAUGAAAACAACCAUCAAGCAAGGCGACAUUUGGGUGUUUUAUUGUUUCUUAUUUGUUGUGGUCUCAUCACCGGACUGAAGCACAUUGACUUGUAUCAAGACAUGGCAGGAGAAGAGUCCAGCUCUCUGCAGUAUUCACCAACCUGGGUGGUUGCUUCUGUCUGUUUUCUCAUUGUCCUCAUAUCUCUUAUUGCUGAACGAGGUCUUCAUCGCCUUGGGAAGUUUUUGAAGCAUAAAAGACAAGAUGCACUAUUUGAAGCUUUACAAAAAUUAAAGGAAGAACUGAUGCUCUUAGGAUUCAUCUCCCUUCUAUUAACAGUCUCGCAAGGUCUAGUAAGUCGAAUGUGCAUCCCAGAUGACUUGGUAUCCAAUAUGCUUCCAUGCAAGAGGGAUAGUGAAAAAAAAGGUCAUGAAGAAUAUUCUCCUCAACUUAUAAACAAUAGACGGCGCCUGUUCUCCGCAGAAAGUAGUUCAGGGCAAUGUUCGCAUAAGGGUCAGGUCCCCUUAUUGUCAUUGGAAGCAUUGCAUCAGCUGCAUAUUUUCAUCUUUGUAUUGGCAGUUGUUCACGUGAUAUUCUGCGUCACUACAAUGGUUCUUGGAGGAGCAAGG